AGCGCUCAGUGCAGGUCGUACUGAACUAACUGAACGCAUCUAAUAAACAAGUCAUGGCGGACGCUGCUGCACGUCAAUUACAAUACGAGUAUAAAGCGAAUUCCAAUCUCGUUUUACAAGCUGAUGUCCGAUUAAUAGAAAGACGCAGCCGAGAUGAAGCCACCGGUGAGGUUAUGUCUCUUGUGGGAAAAUUGGAUGGUACUCGUAUGGGUGAUAGAGCCCAGCGUACCAAACCUGGAAAAGCAGAAGAGAGAAAAGUCAAACGACAAAAACGUGAUGAAGCACAAUAUGACUUCACUCGUAUGAAAGGAGCAACCUUAUUAUCUGAAGGUGUGGAUGAAAUGGUUGGUAUUGUAUAUCGUCCAAAAACACAAGAGACACGUCAAACUUACGAAGUAUUACUCAGUUUCAUACAAGAAGCUUUGGGUGACCAACCACGUGAUAUUCUUUGCGGUGCAGCUGACGAAGUACUAGCUGUAUUAAAAAAUGAUCGACUUAAAGAGAAAGAAAAGAAAAAAGAAACUGAACUUUUACUUGGUUUAUUAGCAGAAGAAAGAUUUGCACUGCUUGUAAAUCUUGGUAAGAAGAUUACGGAUUUUGGUAGCGACGAAAAAAGUACAACAAACGAUGAAAAUAUUGACGAAACAUAUGGGAUCAAUGUACAGUUUGAAGAGAGUAGCGAAGAAGAUGAUGAAGAUGUAUAUGGAGAAGUACGAGAAAAUGAAGAUGAAGGUGAUGAAGGUGAAGAAGCUAAUGAUGACAGAGCUAUUCAUGCAGAAAACCUGGGUGGAACAGAAGAAAUGAAGAAAGAAAAACCAUUACAUCCAUUAGACAUUGAUGCAUAUUGGUUGCAAAGAAGAUUAAGUAGGAUAUAUGAUGAUGCCAUGGUAUCGCAAGCGAGAGCUGCUGAAGUACUAGCUGUCUUGAAAGAUGCCAUAGACGAUCGUGAAUGCGAAAAUCAGCUUGUGCUUUUAUUAGGUUAUGAUUGCUUUGAUUUCAUUAAACAGCUUAAAAAAUACAGACAUACAGUUGCAUACUGUACGAUGUUAGCCUCAUCGCAGUCCGAAUCAGAAAGACAAAAAAUCCGAAACAAAAUGAAUGAUGACCCAGUGCUUGCCAAAAUCUUGCGCCAAUUAGAUACAGGUAAAGGUGAAGAUGACGCUGAUGAGACAAUGGAAGCGAGAUCCCAGCGCAAAAGACGAGAAGAGAAUGAGGAUACUGGAGGACCUGGAGGACAAGUUCAAGGUACAAGAAACUUGAUAGAUUUGGAGGAUCUUAUAUUUGCUCAGGGAAGUCAUUUCAUGGCUAACAAGCGUUGCCAAUUACCUGACGGAAGUUUCCGAAAACAGCGGAAAGGAUAUGAAGAAGUUCACGUUCCUGCUUUAAAACCGAAACCAUUUGCAGAUAAUGAAAAACUGCAUCCAAUUGAGCAAUUACCUAAAUAUGUGCAACCUGCUUUUGAUGGUUUCAAGACGCUAAAUCGUAUACAAAGUCGCUUAUAUCAGACAGCAUUGGAGAGCGAUGAGAAUCUACUCCUGUGUGCUCCAACAGGAGCUGGUAAAACCAAUGUAGCUUUGCUGUGCAUGAUGCGAGAAAUUGGAAGACACAUAAACGCUGAUGGUACAAUCAAUGCAGAUGAAUUCAAAGUAAUUUAUGUUGCUCCGAUGCGUUCGCUGGUGCAAGAAAUGGUCGGCAAUUUCCGCAAGCGAUUGUCAACAUAUAAUCUGACUGUUUCCGAAUUGACGGGUGAUCAUCAAUUAACGCGAGAACAAAUUGCCGCUACUCAAGUUAUAGUAUGUACCCCGGAAAAAUGGGAUAUUAUAACAAGAAAGGGUGGCGAAAAAACUUUCACAUCAUUAGUACGAUUGAUUAUUAUCGACGAGAUUCAUUUAUUGCAUGAUGAAAGAGGUCCUGUUCUGGAAGCAUUGGUCGCAAGGACGAUACGAAACAUCGAAACUACUCAAGAAGAUGUGCGUCUUGUUGGUUUAUCGGCUACAUUACCCAAUUACCAAGACGUUGCAGCAUUUUUGCGUAUUAAACCGGAGACAGGACUAUUCUAUUUUGACAAUAGUUUCCGGCCUGUAGCUUUAGAACAGCAGUAUAUUGGCGUUACUGAGAAAAAAGCAUUGAAGCGUUUCCAAGUAAUGAAUGAGAUCGUCUAUGAAAAGACCAUGGAACACGCUGGCAGAAAUCAAGUACUAAUAUUUGUACACUCACGUAAGGAAACCGGAAAAACAGCACGUGCUAUUCGAGACAUGUGCCUGGAGAAAGAUACUUUAGGUCAAUUUCUUAGGGAAGGUUCCGCGUCGAUGGAGGUUUUAAGAACAGAAGCAGAGCAAGUAAAAAAUCAAGAGCUUAAAGAUCUGCUACCAUAUGGUUUUGCGAUUCAUCACGCCGGUAUGACUCGUGUGGAUCGUACGCUAGUGGAGGAUCUCUUCGCCGAUAGACACAUACAAGUUCUCGUAUCUACAGCGACUUUAGCUUGGGGUGUCAAUUUGCCGGCUCAUACAGUUAUUAUCAAGGGUACUCAGGUGUAUAACCCGGAGAAAGGUAGAUGGGUAGAGCUGGGCGCUUUAGACGUACUGCAAAUGUUAGGACGAGCCGGUCGACCGCAGUACGAUACUAAAGGCGAAGGUAUCCUUAUCACAAAUCACAGCGAGCUGCAAUAUUAUCUGUCGCUUUUAAAUCAGCAAUUACCCAUUGAAUCCCAAUUAAUCAGUAAGAUGUCCGAUAUGUUGAAUGCGGAAGUAGUGCUAGGAACGAUUCAGAAUAUCAGAGAUGCAGUUACCUGGCUUGGCUAUACUUAUCUUUACAUUAGAAUGCUUCGUUGUUCCAAUCUAUAUGGGAUAAGUCAUGACAAAUUGAAACAAGAUCCUUUAUUAGAGCUCCAUAGAGCUGAUCUAAUUCAUUCAGCUGCAGUCGGAUUGGAUCGUAGUGGUUUAAUCAAGUACGAUCGCAAAUCUGGCAAUUUUCAGGCGACCGAAUUGGGUAGAAUAGCAUCUCAUUAUUAUUGCACUCACGAAACGAUGUCUACAUAUAAUCAGUUGCUAAAGCGCACGUUGAGCGAGAUAGAAUUGUUCCGGGUGUUUUCACUCUCGAGCGAGUUCAAAAAUAUAAAUGUCAGGGAGGAAGAAAAACUAGAGCUGCAAAAACUGAUGAAUGUGCUAUUGCAAGCAUACAUCUCGCAGUUGAAACUUGAAGGAUUCGCUCUUAUGUCUGAUAUGGUAUUUGUGACGCAAUCCGCCUCACGUCUCAUGAGAGCUAUCUUUGAGAUAGUUCUGUUCCGUGGGUGGGCACAAUUAGCAGAUAAAUGUCUAUCUAUCUGUAAGAUGAUCGAUCGCAGGAUGUGGCAAUCAAUGUCGCCACUCAGACAAUUCCGUAAGAUGCCGGAAGAGAUUGUGAAGAAGAUCGAGAAGAAGAACUUUCCAUGGGAGAGGCUGUACGAUCUGGGACCCAAUGAGAUUGGCGAAUUGAUCCGCGUGCCGAAACUAGGCAAAACCAUUCACAAAUACGUCCAUCAAUUUCCAAAGCUAGGUUUGUCCACACAUAUCCAACCGAUUACGCGUUCCACUCUAAGAGUUGUGCUGACUAUCACACCGGAUUUCCAAUGGGAUGAGAAAGUUCACGGUAUGUCGGAAGCGUUUUGGAUCUUAGUCGAAGACGUAGAUUCGGAGGUAAUUUUGCAUCACGAAUAUUUCUUAUUGAAGGCCAAAUACGCAGCUGAUGAACAUGUAAUUAAAUUCUUUGUGCCAGUCUUUGAGCCUUUGCCACCACAAUACUUCUUGCGCGUUGUAUCCGAUCGGUGGAUUGGGGCGGAGACACAAUUGCCUGUAAGCUUUCGACAUCUGAUAUUGCCUGAAAAAAAUCUUCCGCCUACGGAAUUGCUGGAUUUGCAGGCGCUGCCGAUAACAGCGUUGCGAAAUGCUAAAUUCGAGAAUAUCUAUUCUGCUUUUCCACAGUUUAAUCCAAUUCAGACGCAAGUAUUCAACGCAAUUUAUAAUUCCGACGAUAAUGUAUUUGUUGGAGCACCCACAGGUUCAGGAAAAACGACCAUUGCGGAAUUUGCAGUGCUAAGAUUAUUGACGCAGAAUCCAGAAGGACGGUGUGUAUAUAUGGUUAGCAAAGAGGCUUUAGCUGAAUUGGUCUAUGCUGAUUGGGCAGCAAAAUUUGGUCAACAGUUAGGAAGAAAAGUUGUCCUAUUGAGCGGCGAAACAGGAACGGAUUUGAAGCUACUUGCCAAAGGACAGAUCAUUAUCACCACGGCGGAUAAAUGGGACGUUUUAUCACGUAGAUGGAAGCAACGAAAAAAUGUCCAAAACAUCCAGCUCUUUAUCGUGGAUGAAUUGCAGUUGAUUGGUGGUGAAGAAGGCCCUGUGCUAGAAGUUGCAUGUUCGCGAGCACGUUACAUUUCUUCGCAGCUUGACAAACCUACUAGAAUAAUAGCAUUAUCGGCCUCAUUAGCUGAUGCCAAAGACGCAGCACAGUGGUUGGGUGCACCGGCAGCUGCAACCUUUAAUUUUCACCCUACUGUGCGACCAGUACCUUUGGAAUUGCACGUGCAAGGUAUAAAUGUCACCCAUAACGCGUCAAGAUUAGCUGCCAUGGCAAAACCAGUAUAUAACGCAAUUCUUCGACACGCUGCACACAAACCGGUGAUCGUAUUUGUACCCACUCGUCGACAAGCGAGAUUAACAGCCAUCGACUUGCUGACAUUCACGGCGGCUGAGGGUCAACCCUCGAGAUUCUUUCACGCGGAAGAGGCUGACAUUAAACCAUUUCUCGAUCGAAUGAGUGACAAAACGCUGAAGGAAACUUUGUCGCAAGGUGUAGCUUAUCUUCACGAGGGUUUAUCGGCCGACGAUCGUCGUUUAGUUGAGCAAUUAUUUGACAGUGGAGCCAUCCAAGUUGCGGUCGCCACGAGGGAUCUCUGUUGGGGUUUAUCUAUCAGCUCCCAUCUUGUCGUAGUCAUGGAUACACAGUGCUAUAAUGGCAAGACACAUGCCUACGAGGAUUAUCCAAUCACAGACGUUCUGCAGAUGGUAGCGCGAGCUAAUCGUCCGUUAGAAGAUGAGGACGCCAAAUGCGUACUGUUGUGUCAAAGCUCAAAAAAAGAUUUUUUUAAGAAGUUUUUGAAUGAACCAUUACCGGUAGAGAGUCACUUGGAUCGCCGGUUGCAUGAUCACUUCAACGCGGAGAUUGUGACGAAGACGAUCGAGAACAAACAAGACGCGGUUGAUUACCUCACGUGGACUUUCCUGUAUCGACGACUCACUCAAAAUCCUAAUUACUAUGGCCUGCAAGGUGUCACACAUCGGCACCUCUCAGAUCAUCUAUCUGAGCUGGUCGAGAGCACGUUGACUGAUUUAGAACAAGCCAAAUGUGUCGCCGUGGAAGAUGAAAUGGAUACCUUGCCUCUUAACCUUGGAAUGAUUGCUGCUUAUUACUAUAUCAAUUACGCUACUAUCGAAUUGUUCAGUCUGUCUCUUAAUAACAAGACGAAGAUCAGAGGUUUGCUAGAAAUUAUUUCAGCGGCUGCUGAGUAUGAGAGCGUUCCAGUGCGACAAAGAGAAGAAAAUUUACUGAGAAGUUUGGCUGCACGUUUACCUCAUGCUCCACAAGCUGCUAGAAUGGCCGAUCCUCAUGUGAAGGCGCAACUUCUUCUGCAAGCUCAUUUAUCGAGGAUACAGUUAGGCCCAGAAUUACAAAAGGAUACUGAACUGGUGUUGAGCAAGGCCGUAAGAUUGAUACAAGCUUGUGUCGAUGUCUUGAGUUCUUCUGGAUGGUUAGCACCUGCCGUUGCCGCUAUGGAACUUGCGCAGAUGGUGACGCAAGCGAUGUGGUCCAAAGAUUCUUAUUUGAAACAACUGCCGCAUUUUACAGCAGAGACCAUCAAGCGCUGCACCGACAAGGGCGUGGAAACUGUAUUUGAUGUCAUGGAACUUGAAGAUGACGAUCGAAAUCGGUUAUUACAGUUAACGGAUGCGCAGAUGGCAGAUGUGGCCAAAUUCUGCAACCGAUAUCCUAAUAUUGAGAUGUCGUAUGAAGUACAGGAGAAAGACAAAUUGCACAGUGGCGGCACGGUAAAUGUGAUUGUACAACUGGAACGGGAAGAUGAGGUAAUCGGGCCGGUAGUCGCGCCGUUUUUCCCGCAAAAACGUGAGGAAGGUUGGUGGGUAGUGAUUGGCGACCCGAAGAGCAACUCCUUGCUCUCUAUCAAACGUUUGACGUUACAACAGAAAGCAAAGAUCAAGUUGGAUUUUGUCGCUCCUGCACCCGGUCAGCAUUCCUAUACUUUGUACUUUAUGAGUGAUGCUUAUCUUGGUUGCGAUCAAGAAUACAAGUUUAUCAUCAACGUCGGAGAAUACGAAUCGGAUGCUAGUUCCGGUUCAGAUUCUGAUUGAAAUCAUUAAACUUAAUAUGCUCCAUAGUAUACUAUUUUUUUUGUACCAUAUGUAGGUAUGUCAAAAGUAUUACGAUAUCAUACAAUAUUUUUUUUUAUCUGUUAACAGUAUCAGAGUAAUCUGUACUAGUAGUAAUUAUAAUUUCCUUUAUUCUAUAAAUUCAAUUUCAAAUAUUUUAAUUGUCUUUCCAUUGUCGUCCUUAUUCUAACAUAUAUGUGAAAUAAAAAAAUUGUACGUCUCAUUUUUUGUUUUCCUAUUUUUUGUGAUCCAAUGGUGAAAGGAGGAAUGGUAAGAAAGAGAGGAAGGAGGAAGAAAGAAUUAUACAAUUGUAAUGUAAUAAAGAUAUAAAUUAUCGUUAUUGAUAUAAUCUCUUUGA